AACAAAAAAAAACCCUGGCCCAGGAACUUCCAUAUGCCAUGGGUACAGCCAAAAAAAAAGAGAGAUGCAAAAGAAAAGUAGCACAGGGAGGUGCCGUGGUCUGCUCAAGGUCACAGAGGUCGAAAGAGCAGAACGCUGUUCAGUCCCAGCAGCCAGGGUCUGGAGGCUCCCCUCAGAACCACCCCAUGAGCUGGCCUGGCUGGAGCACACAAGGCACGUAGGGAAGGUCUGUGACGGCCAAGAAGGGAGAAUGGACACUGGAGUCAAGAAAAAGGAAACUCUCCUUAAAACAGUUCUUUGAGAUGGCUGCCGUUUUCCCUGUGUUGUAAAGGAGGAGAGAGUGAGUGAGGCUUACAGAAAUUGUCAUUGAUCCAAGGCCACGGGGGACUGUGGCAGAGCCAGAAUUUUAACCCAGAUCUGGGGCCUCUUCACUGCGGAGUUGCCUGGAGACCAGCCGCAGUGCAGCAGGGUGGAGCCCCCUGGAGCGGUGGCUGCUGGUGGGGAAGGCAUUCUGCAGCUGAGGAGCCGGGAGCGGGAAUGGCCCCAGGUGAUAAAGGGACUGGAAGCAGAGCCUGCAGGGAGCCACGUGUGCCCAGCGGGGGCACCGCCCCAGCUGAUGCCCCAGAGGGGCCACCCAUCUCAAGAGGGGCUCCGGGUCCUGCCUGGCCUCCUCAUGGCACAUGAGCCAGAGCCUGAGGCUGAUGGGUUACUGGACCUCAGCUUCCUGACGGAGGAGGAACAGGAAGCCAUUGCUGAGGUCCUGAAGCGAGAUGCCCACCUACGGCAGCUGGAGGAGGGACGGGUCAGAAAGCUCCGGGCAUCACUGGAAGACCCUGGGCAGCUGAAGAUCCUAACAGGGGACUGGUUCCAGGAAGCACGCUCCCAGAGGCACCACCACACCCACCUGGGUUCUGACCUAGUCCGAGCCUCCAUCCGCAGAAAGAAGGGCUCCAGGGGAGACCAGGCUCGGGGCAGCAAUGGGGAGGCUGAGGCUGCUGGGAAAGAGACCGAAGAGGCGCUGGAGCCCAGGCUCCCCAUAGACAAGGCCCCCCAAGAGAGUCUCAGCGAGGCUGAGGGACCUGAUUUCCCCUCACCAUAUGUCCCCACUAAGGCAUCAGAUAAUGAAGAGGAGCCCCCGGCCCAGGAAGCGCCUGGGCCGGCGGACGUUCAGGUCCCAGCCGCGGAGGAGGCGGACCCGGAGCCAAAGCCGCCGUCGGGGGCGGAGGAGGAGCCGCAGCCCAGGCCUGCUCAGACCCAGGAGGCGUCCGAGAUCCUGGAGAAUGGGGAGGAGGCCCCGGGGCCUGACCCCUCACUGGACCGUAUGCUCAGCAGCAGCUCCUCCAUGUCCAGCCUCAACUCCUCCACGCUGAGCGGCAGCCAGAUGAGCCUGUCGGGGGAGGCGGAGGCGGCGGCAGUGCAGGUGCGCGGCUCCGUGCACUUCGCGCUGCACUACGAGCCUGGCGCCGCGGAGCUGCGCGUGCACGUGAUCCAGUGCCAGGGCCUGGCCGCCGCCCGCCGCCGCCGCUCAGACCCCUACGUCAAAAGCUACCUCCUCCCGGAUAAGCAGAGCAAGCGCAAGACAACAGUGAAGAAACGGAAUCUGAACCCGAUCUUCAACGAGACUCUCCGGUACUCUGUCCCGCAGGCUGAGCUCCAGGGCCGUGUGUUGAGCCUAUCCGUGUGGCACCGCGAAAGCCUGGGUCGCAACAUCUUUCUGGGCGAAGUAGAAGUGCCCCUGGACACGUGGAACUGGGACUCCGAGCCCACCUGGCUCCCCCUGCAGCCCAGGGUCCCGCCGUCUCCCGAUGCCCUUCCCAGCCGCGGGCUGCUCUCUCUGUCCCUCAAGUACAUCCCCGCCGGCUCCGAGGCUCUGUGCUGCCUGAUGACAGCCGGGCCAGCCGCCAGCGGACGAGGGUGGUGCGUCGCAGCCUCAACCCCAUGUUCAAUCACACCAUGGUUUAUGAUGGCUUCGAGCCUGCUGACCUGCGCCAGGCCUGUGCCGAGCUCUCCCUGUGGGACCAUGGGACCCUGGCCAGUCGCCAACUGGGGGGCACACGCCUCAGCCUGGGCACCGGCAGCAGCUACGGGCUCCAGGUGCCCUGGAUGGACUCCACGCCUGAGGAGAAGCAGCUGUGGCAGACGCUCCUGGAGCGGCCGUGCGAGUGGGUGGACGGCCUUCUGCCCCUCAGAACCAACCUGGCCCCCAGGACUUAGCUGCCCUACAAGCCCUACAAAACCCCUCUCUCUGGACCCCCAUCUCAGAGCCUGCCCUUGGCUAAAGUCAAUAAAGUCUGUUCUGAGGGCAACAAGGGGCUGAUGUCUGCCGGGGAGCAGGGUGGGUGGGGGAGACAGGAAAGUGAAAGGGACCAGAUGAAGGUGUUUUGAUCCCAGAACCCCUCCCCAUACUUCAAAAA